CUAAAAACACGUCAAACACCAACAUUUGUUCAUAUCGACAAAAAGUGCCUCAGCUGACAGAGGCUGAUUUAGAGAAGAAGGAUCACACAUCUGUUACGUUUGACCCACAAAACUCAGAAAAGAGACAAACUGCUGGAGGAAAAUAAUUCAUCUGACAGCAAAGAUGCAGUGGAGUCUGAUUCUGCUCUUCCUGAUGGCUCAGUGUUGUUUCAUGGACUGUCAGCUCUAUGAGUUUCACUACAUUAAAGAGGAAAAGACCUGGACUGAAGCUCAGCAGUACUGCAGAGAGAAACACACUGACCUGGUCACAGUGACUAACAUGAAGGACAUGAAGAGACUCAUCAAGAUUUCAGAUGGAGAUCAGAGUGAAGCUUGGAUUGGUCUGUAUAAUCAAACACAUGGUACCAGAACAUGGUACUGGUCUCUGCCUGGAGUGGAGUUUAAUGAAAGUGAGACAAACUGGAACCCAGGAGAACCAAAUGAUGGAGGAUCUCAAGGAUCUCAGAACUGUGUGAUUGUGAAUAAUAAUCUCAAAUGGAAAGACACCGGCUGCCUUAAUCAGCAUAUUUUCAUCUGCUACAAUGAAACUAAUACAACCCAUAAAUAUCACUUGAUCAGAGAGCAGAAGUCCUGGCUGGAAGCUCAGAGUUACUGCAGAGAGAAUCACACAGACCUGAUCAGUGGAACGAAGCAGCUACUGGAUGGAGAAGUGGAGAAAUUGAUAAACUCCAAUGAUCUACCAUACAUUGGUCUGUUCAGAGACACGUGGAGAUGGUCAGAUGGAAGCAGUUUUUCUUUCAGACACUGGAAUGAUGACUUUAACAAUCACCAACCCAACAGUGGUCAAUGUGCCAUGACUAAGUUUGAUGGUGAAGGAAGAUGGAAGAAUGAGAACUGUAAUAUUAGAAAACCCUUCAUUUGUUAUGAUGAUAACAUCAUUGCAUCAGACAAAAGCCUCAACGUUUUGUCAAUAUGA